ACGUGAAAAAAUGGAAAUAAAGCCUGUGCAUUUGCUUGCAUUAUUUGUAGUACCACAGGCACAUCACAUGAAGCAACUCUCAGUAACAAAGAAAGAGGAAGUUCAUGCCAUCCACACCCAUGUUUCAAGUGUGGUGCACUUCAGGAAUGUAAUACAGAGGAUGAAGCCUCACCAUCAAUGCCUUCAAAACUUGCUUUGGGAUGAGGAGGAAGAGGAAACUGUCGAUGAAGUUCCCGUGUAUCUGUUAAUGGGAAAACUAGAUCAGGGACAGUCACUUCAGGAGAAGUGGAAAUCAAGAGCAACAACUUAUCCUGGACCGUUGCAAGAGGCACAAGAAGUUCUAUGUAAACCUGUGUCUAGUGCUUCUAGUGAGAGGAUAUUUAGUAGAGCUGUGGUUGUUAUUCACAAUAAAUGCAAUAGAAUAGCUUUGGAAAAUGUGAAUGACCUACUUAUGGUGCACUAAAGUAGCAAUGUAAGUUUUACAUUCAUUUCCAUAACACACUAUUUUC